AACUUAUGUAAAACGAACUGCUGCUUUCACUCGUUCAUUGACCUAAAAUUUCAAUAAAAUCAAUGCGCCCAACAUUCCAAUCAUGCGUUAUAUAUCUAAACAAGAACAAUUUUGGAUUGCUUGUAGUUUUGGACGUGAAGAAGCUGCAAAGCGAUUAAUUGAAUCUGGUGUUGAUGUUAAUUGGCGAUCAUAUGUGUACGAAUGUUAUCCUAUACAUGUUUGUUCUCAAGGUAAACCAAGUAUUUUACAAAUGAUUAUUGAAGCUGGAGCUGAUAUCAAUGCCCUUGAUUCAGCAGGUAACACAGCAUUACAUCAUGCUGCUAUGUCAGGCAAUGAAGUGAAUGCUCGUAUGUUAUUAUCUGCUGGUGUCAAUGUGGAUAUCGUUAAUAAAAAUGGUUGGACACCAUUAUUUAAUGCUGUCUAUUGGAAUCAUCCAUCUAUAGCUGAAAUGUUACUUGCCAAUGGUUCAAGUCCAUUUUUAAAGAAUAAAAAUGGACGAAUUCCUUUGCAUGAAUUAUGCAGAACUAAAUCGAAAGAUUCAGUUCGAAUUCUACAAAAUUUCGAAUUACUUCUUCAAUGUAUGCAUAAAUGUAAACGAGAAACACUAGUCAGCAUUAUUGAUUACAAACCAAGUGUCACUACGGUUGCUUCUGAUACUGCUACUACUACUACUACUACUAUUACUACUACGUCGACGACUAGCACCGGUGAUGAUAGUUUAAAUUUGAAUAAACCUACAUUGGAUUGUCAUUGUGAAGAAAAAUCAAUCGAUUUGGAUAAUAUGAAUUUAAGAGCAUGUUCUCAAAAUGAUUUAGAUUCGGAAGCUGAUUUUACUCCACUUCUAUUCGCAUCGUAUCAUGGACAUUUGGAACUUGUUCGAGCACUAUUGGAUCGUGGUGUUAAUGUUGCUGUUACGGAUAAGAAUCAUUGGACAGCUUUACAUUGGGCUGCACAACAAUGUCAUGCUGAUAUUGUAGAAUUAUUAUUGGAUUAUGGUGCAUCGAUUUAUGCAAAAGAUUUGCGUGGUUGUAUGCCAUAUGCUGUAACUAAUGAUAUCGGUUUACAAGAAUGUCUUUCACCUGAUAUUGAUGAUUAUUAUCCAAAUAUUACAUCGAAUGGUUAUGUAACCACUGAUGAUGAUGAUGACGAGGAUGACGAGGAGGACGCCAAUGACGACACGAAUAAUGCGAAUCAUGUUAACAAUGUCGACCAAAAACCAAUCGCUUAA